CUGUCAGUGGAGCAGCCCUGUGUUCACGCCAGGCAGGGAAAGCCCUUAGACAGCAAGUCUCCAGUGUGGACCGCCGCUCUGCGCACCGCUGGCUCAACGCUGAGGGCUGCGCGUCUAAACUGACUGAAAUCGCUCCAGGACAGCAAAGCAAAGCUGUAGCAUUGAUUUGUUUUAGGGGGACAUGGCAGAUGUAAGUUUAAACGAGUCGUCCACCGAGGACGUAGCGAACAGGUUUGCUCGCAAAGGAGCUUUGAGGCAAAAAAAUGUCUACGAAAUCAAGAACCAUAAAUUCCUACCCAGGUUCUUCAAGCAGCCGACUUUCUGCAGCCACUGCACCGACUUCAUCUGGGGGUUUGGAAAACAAGGGUUCCAGUGCCAAGUUUGCUGUUUUGUGGUCCACAAGAGGUGCCAUGAAUUUGUCACGUUCUGCUGCCCAGGCGCUGAUAAGGGGCCCGACACAGACGAUCCCAGAACAAAGCAUAAGUUCAAGAUCCACACCUAUGGGAGCCCCACGUUCUGUGACCACUGUGGCUCUCUGCUCUAUGGCCUCAUCCACCAGGGCAUGAAGUGCGACUCCUGCGAUAUGAACGUCCAUAAGCAGUGUGUCAUGAACGUGCCCAGCCUGUGUGGAACUGAUCACACUGAGAGGAGGGGACGUGUUUUCCUCAAGUGUGAGGUCAACGAGGAUAAGCUGCAGGUCACAGUGGGAGAAGGUAGAAACCUGAUCCCUAUGGACCCCAACGGCCUGUCUGAUCCAUAUGUCAAGCUCAAGCUCAUACCAGACCCCAAAAAUGAGACCAAGCAGAAGGCCAAAACCAUCCGCUCCACCCUCAACCCAAAAUGGAAUGAGACUUUUAGCUUCAAGCUGAAGCCUACAGACAAAGACCGCAGGCUGUCGGUGGAGGUGUGGGACUGGGACCGGACCACCAGGAACGACUUCAUGGGAUCCCUUUCGUUUGGCGUGUCAGAGCUCAUAAAGUCUCCAGUCUGUGGCUGGUAUAAGCUAUUGUGCCAAGAGGAAGGGGAGUACUACAAUGUCCCUAUUUCAGAGGAGGAUGAUGGUAAUGAAGAACUGAGACAGAAGUUUGAGAAAGCCAAGCUAGGCCCAGGUAAGAAGGUGAUCGAUGAGCCAGACAACAUCCGCUUCACCCAUUUGCCAUCCAACAAUCUGGACCAGGUUAAACUCAGCGACUUCAACUUUCUGGCUGUGCUGGGGAAAGGGAGCUUUGGCAAGGUGAGCUAUUAUAAAGCCAAGCUAGGCCCAGGUAAGAAGGUGAUCGAUGAGCCAGACAACAUCCGCUUCACCCAUUUGCCAUCCAACAAUCUGGACCAGGUUAAACUCAGCGACUUCAACUUUCUGGCUGUGCUGGGGAAAGGGAGCUUUGGCAAGGAUCGCCUGUACUUUGUCAUGGAGUAUGUGAAUGGGGGAGACCUCAUGUACCAUAUCCAACAAGUGGGCAAGUUCAAAGAACCACAAGCAGUGUUUUAUGCAGCUGAGAUUGCUGUUGGUCUCUUCUUCCUGCACAGUAAAGGAAUCAUCUACAGAGAUUUGAAGUUGGACAAUGUGAUGCUGGACUCCGAGGGCCACAUUAAGAUUGCAGACUUCGGCAUGUGUAAAGAGAACAUGGCAGAAGGAGUGAGCACGCGCACCUUCUGCGGCACUCCAGACUACAUAGCCCCAGAGAUCAUUGCUUAUCAGCCAUAUGGCCGCUCUGUAGACUGGUGGGCAUACGGAGUGUUGCUCUUCGAAAUGCUGGCAGGAGAGCCUCCAUUUGAUGGAGAGGAUGAAGAUGAGUUGUUUCAGUCCAUUAUGGAGCGCAAUGUGUCCUACCCCAAGUCCCUUUCCAAAGAAGCUGUUUCUAUCUGCAAAGGGCUGAUGACCAGGUACCCUUCCAAGCGCCUUGGCUGUGGCCUUGAGGGAGAGAGGGACAUCAGAGAACAUGCCUUCUUCAGACGUAUUGACUGGGACCGCCUAGCGAACAGGGAGAUACAGCCGCCCUUCAAACCCAAAACGUGUGGCAAAGCAGCAGAGAACUUUGACAAGUUCUUCACACGCACCCAGCCUCAGCUCACACCGCCAGAUGAGCUGGUUAUCGCCAACAUUGACCAGUCCGAGUUUGCAGGGUUCUCUUUCAUCAAUCCGCAGUUUGUGCACCCAUCGCUCUACAACAGCCUAUGAGAAGCAUUAGGAAACCUACCUGAAGAUCCGUGUUCACUCCCACCCACUUAAACCAACCAAAAACCUAACACUGACCCAUGAUAAACCUUUAGUCAUAUCAUUAAUAAGCAGGAAUUUAGGGCAUGCAGAUUUGCUCUGUCCAGUGUCUUUGCCAGUAUAGAUGAUAAAGAUGAGGUUGCUUUCUGGCCACCACAAGAAUGAAUUUCCUUUAGUUUAAUGAUGACUGUAGAAAAGGAUGUGCUUCCUUACCCCUGCAGUUUUUAUUGUAAGUUUCCCAAAGCACUGAGACAGAAGCAUGCCAAACGUGAUUUAUCUAUGCCAGUAUAUGAUGACAGUAACAGAUUAAAUUAAAAUACUCUAUGCCUGUCAGUGAAAUAGUAAAGGAGCAUUCAGCUAAAAUAGCACAUAAGGUGUGGAUUAACUAAUUCUAGAAGAGAUGCCUGUCCAACUGUUCAUGCUUACAGUCUACAGAUCAGUUCGGUAGGUCACAGCUUGUUUCUGUGUGGAUAACAAUCACAGUAUAGAUAUUAUUUGAUGACCCGUAAAACAUUCACAUAAGGCAAUGUCGAUGCUAUAUAUACAGUAAUAUGAAGGAUUUGUGUUAAAGCAGCUCCUCGUGAUUCGCUGCUUCCUGUAUCAUGUUUACAGUUUUCUUCCCCUUUGAUUUCAUGGUGAUGAAGAGGCCAAUCUCAGCUUCCAGUGCGUGUAGCAACUCAACUAACAAAUUAAAUAAUAUGCAGCCUGUAAAAUGAUCAUAUGUGAGACAGGUGUGAGAGUGCCCGGGUGGGUUUUGGUUUGUCAGAACCUAAAUUGGCUUCACAAUUAGCACCCUAUUUUACCAGGUUUUAAAAUAAUACUAAACAUUUCCAAGCCCUUGUUAAGCUGCAGAUUGUAUAGUCACCUUACACACAGUCAUCAGUUUAGUACGUUGGCAGUGGCAGAACGUCUUCUAUCUACCUUGAAAAAUCAAACCUAAAACGUUUACAGCUUGUCAUGUUUUAAGACUAGUCAGUGUUAACUACUGUCUCUGUCUUACUCUGUGCCCAUAACUACAAAGCCUCCUAUUGGUCAUAGAUGUCUCCACAGAAACAUUAAAGCACAUCUUAAUAAACUGUUAAUUUUUUUAUACUGUAACAAAACAUCAGCUGAUGUCCUUGUGUAUUAGCUGUGUUUUACUGUAUACAGUAUCAUGCCCUCGAGUGUAGAUAAAACACAUUUGUCGGGUUCCUUGGAUGUAGAAGUUGCAAAUCAGAAAUACUUCUGACAUCGCUUUGUUGUCCUGAGAACAAACAUGUCCUUCGUUAGAAGAGAACACAACAAUUAUCAGUUAAAUAUGGACCUUUUUUGAAUCCAUUUUUGAUUUUUUAAUGUCUUUAUAUUCAUUUAAUUUUUAUUCUCCUCUUUUUGUGAUUUCAUACAGAAUUUUCCACUAGACUAGAUGAAUAUUUUAAUGUAUCUUUUAUCAGUAUAUAACUCCUUUGUAAAUAAUCAUGAGUUAUUUUAAAAGAAUACAGCAAGUUACAGUUUUUAUACCAACACCUGAAUGUGCUUUUAUUACAUUCAUUAGAUAAACCAAUACCUGUAUGUGUAAAACAUCAGACAACUAGGAAUGUGACCCAGUAGAGAUCAACUCUGUAACAGCUGAAUGUCUUAAGUAAAAUCCAGAUUUAGCAAGAUGUAAAAAUAUAUAUAUAUAUGUUCUGCUUGUAUUGGUAGAUUUAUCAUCAGAUCUGUUUGUUUCCUCUUAGAUUUCUUUAAUCACAUUCAGUGAUUUUGUUUCUGCAAAUUGUGUGUUGAUUGGAUUUGUGUCCGGCUGCUGAUUAUAACUGUAUCUGCAUGCUGUUGGUAGGCAUCAUUCAUGCAUGUGAUCAUGCUACAAAGUAUGAAACCCAAAAGUCUUACCAAUUUUAAAGGGAUGCUCCACUCAAAUUCUAUCUUUAGAGGUAAGACACACCCAUUAUGGUUGUUUCUACCUGUUUUGUCCUUCUUUUGACCACAGUUAGCUUAAAUUCAUCGGGGUUGCUGUGGAUUCCAAUCAUUUUGCUGUGGGAAAAAAAAGAGUGUCAGAGCAUCCAAAAGAUGUCUUGAACCACUCCUGCAUUAUAAUCAACUUCUGCGCCUUCUGAUUUCACAGUUUAUUUCAAAUAUACAUAUAGUUUGCUAAAACCACACUGACAAUGACAAUGUUCACUGCUCUUUACAAACCCACCUAAAGCUUGUUUGGAGUUACUGAAGGUCAAGUGACUGUUAAACUCUUAAAAGAUAGAUUCAGGGUGGAGUAUCACUGUAAACACAGAUCUGCAUGUAGAAAGCCAAAUUUAAAGUGGGCCAUUAUGCAUCAUGGCUGGUUACUGUAGGAGUGCAGAGCUUAGACCAGUUUAGAGAAACACACUGAAGGUUGCAAUAAAUAGGUUGUUAAACUGUGUGAGUAAGAUGAAUACGGUGAUUUAACCCUCCCAAAUAACUAGAUUGAAAACAAGUAUUACAAAUUAUAAAUUUAAAUAGAUAUGAUAUCUUCCUGAGACCUGGUCACUGGCUCUCGAUCAGUGCUUUUCAUCUUUAUACAUUAUGGCCCUGGUUCCUUUUGCCUUUGCCUAUUUAGGUCACCGUUGGAUGCUUACUCUGGAUCGGUUGUGAGUUGUGACUCACAAGCGCCGCUCAUUGCUAGGCCAGUGGGACCACUCACUCUAGUGUCUCAUGAAUGGGGUUUAUGGGAUAAUCUUAAUCUUGUGUUGUCAAUUUGUCAUUUUUUCCCCCUGCUGUAGCUGCUUAUUUUAGGCUGUUGUUUUUAUUCUACCAGCUUCUGCUCAAGAAAUUCAGGAAUGUUUCAAAGGAUAUAUCACAUUAGAGAUUAAUGUCCGACUAAUACACAGUAGUUAGAAAAUAUUACAACUGUUUCUAGCUCCUAACACCUGUGCAAUCCUAGUCUGUUGCCUGUCAUAUAUAACCUUCUGCAUGUGCCAAACCCGGAAAAUACCAGAACUCGACAAUUUCAGCAUUGCACUAGCUGUGAUCACGUGGAUGACUUCUCCUUGUACAGGCUGAGACCUGGCUAAAACUGCACCUGCUAUACACUUUGUUAGCCACAUACAGUAUCAUAUACUAGCAUGCUGCCGUGAGUAUACCACAUUUUACAACGCCAGUCCAUUUCACAGUCCACUUAGCAUACACGGUAGUAAAUUCUCCUGUGCCUGUCUGAAAAACAUUUCAACUUGUGCCACAUUUGAUUUAACAUCUACAGUGAUUUUCAUAGAAGUGAAGGAGAAUAAUCAUUGUACAUACCCAAAGUUUACUCAGCAAUGGUCCUGCCCUUGUCUGAGCCUAACAUGCAUCGCUGUAUGUGCCGACUUAAUAGUCGAGAGCCAUCCCUUUAAUAGACUCUGCUGACUUGCUGCCCAGUUUUCUUUCUUUUUAGAAAUGUUCUCAAAGUAUCACUACACAGUCAGUGUGGGCAUGAAAACAAAUGAAUACUCUCCCCUUGUGUGCCUUUCCCAACUUGAACAAAUGUACAUCUUCUUAAUCUCUUUCCUAUUUGUUCCUCUGAAUAUAUUUGUAAUUAUUUGUCAAACUAACUCAUUUUACUCUGUUACUGUUUCAGUACAUCUCAAACUGUUCAUGAGGGAAAAUUCUAAAGAAAACUCUGCACACUUUGUUCACAUAACCAGUCCAUCAUUCUCUGUAAAUCUGAAUUUGAAGCACAUUUUACUGUCUGACACCAGGAACUUUUACAGUGUGAAAACCUACAACUUUGCUCCUCCCUGUGUGUCUGCUUGCUUUACCUUUACCUCCCUGUGCCUAUUAAUAACUGAAUGAUGAAGCGAGUAACUUAAUAAAUGUAUCAACAAUAUCAAAGGAGGAUAUUAAUGGAAUGAAGGAACAAUGAGCAGGUGAUGGAUAGGGCUGGGUUAAAUCAGUGAAAGGGUAGAUGAUGAUUGUGUAUUUGAAGAACAACACCUGUGCCUCGUCACACUGAGCUACCCCUUCCUCCCGUUGUCACCCUCAUGUCCUCUGUCACUCUGCCUGUUACUCCCUCCUCAGUGCCUGGGCCAAGUCAGUUCAUCAUCUUAUCGACAGUUUCCUCCACCUUUCACCCUUUAAAUCCCAUCGGGUCAGGAAAGCAGGUGAUUUUUUUUUUUGCAUUGUGCACGUACUGCAACCACAGUUGGCAUCAAUUCCACCCUUUCCUCUUCUCUACUGGUUCGCCCUGGUGCACCUUGGGAAAGGAGCUAGCCAAAUGCAUUUGGUGUUUUAAUUUGUUUAUAUUUUAUUUGACAUCUUUUUUGAUUUAGGUAACUAGGCUGCCCUGAAAAUAAUGACAUAACUUUCUUAAAUGUAAUAUUUUGAGUAAAAGGUCUGUUGUGAUUUUUUUUUUCAGUCUGCAAUAAUAUGUUUAAGUAUACUGUAUGUAUCUGUUUGUUUUCGAUCACUCCUGUUUAACAUGUUUCUUCCUUAUUGUAAGUCAUUACUCUCUGCUGUGUCCUGUUUGCUGUGAAAUGACAGAGUUGAAGUAAACUGCCAUCUUUUUGGCCAUACAGACCACAGCUUCAGUGAUGUGUAGGAAUGCCUUAUCUUUUCACCCAUACAGUAACAUGGUGUCUAAAUCUCUCUUAUUCAUUUACAAUCUCACGUCCUGUUAUUGUACAUAUUGACUUACAGUGGAUAUCUACAUAGACUGUAAAAGAAGAAUAUAUUGUAUUUUGCAAAUGGUGUGUGUUUGUUUUCUCCCCUUGUCAGCCUAAAACCUUUAAAAUGAGUUGGAGCUACAUACCUUGUAACUGAUUGUGUCAUUUGUACCUAAUGUAUUAUAAUGCAAAUUAAAAAAAAAAAGGAAAAUCAGGUCCAUAU